CAUCCAAAUUGAAAUUAGAAAUUAGAAAUUGGAAAUUGGAAAUCUCCGCUAUCUCCUUAUCUACUUAACUAUACUCAGGUUAUCUUAAAGUGAGUUCUCGUUCUUACGUUCAUCACACUCUCGUACAUAUUCAUUCCCACGACCAAUUCAUUCGUUUCCGUCCCAUCUCCAGUACGAAUCAAGCUUUUUUCUACCCCCUGCGUUGAGUAACAACGUACACAUUUACAAAGCACUACUACCACUAUCCACUAACAGUACUACUGUACAACACACUAUUAAAGUACUAUUAUAACUGCAUAACUACUAAAUAACUAAAAGUACUACUCCACUACUCCACUACUCCACUACCACUAUGAGGUCAAUAAUAUUCUCAGCUGCAUUGAUCUAUCUCAUACAGCAGGUAUCAGCCUUAUCUUACCUUAAAUCAUCAUCUUUAUUAACUUGUAUGGAUAAUUCUUCAUUUACAGCUUCAUAUUUUGAUGUUGAAUUUUAUCCUCAUAAUAAUACAGUUUAUUUUGAUGUAACUGCUUUAUCAAAUAUUAAUGCUGAUGUUGGAGCUUAUGUUCAAUUAAUUGCUUAUGGUAUUAAUGCUUUACAAAGAAAUAUUUCCUUUUGUGAUAUUGGUUAUAAUGAAGUAUGUCCAAUGACUUCGGGUCAUUUAGAUUUACAAUCUCAAUAUACUGUAUCUGAUUCUAUUGCUAGUAAUAUUCCUGGAGUUGCUUAUAAUAUUCCAAAUUUAGAUGCCACAGUAAGAGUUCAAAUUUAUGAUUUAACUUCGGGUGAAGUUUAUGCUUGUGUUGAAGCUUCAGUUACUAAUGGUAAAACAGUUCAAACUAAAUAUGCUGCUUGGCCAAUUGCUGCUAUUGCUGGUUUAGGGGUUAUAACUUCUGGUGUAAUUUCAGUUAUUGGUCAUUCUAAUACAGCUGCUCAUAUUGCUUCAAAUUCAUUAUCUUUAUUUAUUUAUUUCCAAUCUCUAGCUAUUACUGCUAUGAUGGCGGUAGCAAAAGUUCCUCCAAUUGCUGCUGCUUGGGCUCAAAAUUUUAUGUGGUCAGUUGGUAUUGUUAAAGUUGGAUUUAUUCAAGAUAUUGCUAAUUGGUAUAUUCAAUCAACUGGUGGUACUCCAACUGAUAUUUUACAAUCAACUUAUUUAUCAGUAUCUGUUCAAAAGAAAGUUAAAAGAGCUAUGGAUUUUUUACAAGAUAUUUAUACUUCAGAAUUAGAAAGAGCUUAUUAUCCUAGUGAUCAUUUAUCAAAACGUGCUAGUAUAAGUCUUGAUUCUCAAGAUUUUGGUUAUACUGAUAGUUUAGAUCCAACUUUAUAUACAACUGAUGAAAAGGGAGAUAUUGGAAAUAGAAUUUUAAUUCUUCGUGGUAUUCAAAGAGUUGCUUAUUUAACCGGAAUUGAAAUUACUGAUUUCUUUAUGACUUCAAUUAUUUUCUUAUUAUUUUUUGCCUUUGUAAUGGUGGUUUGUUUAGGUAUAUUUAAAGCCGUUAUUGAAAUUUUAGUAAGAGCUAAAUUUAUGAAUGAAGGUAAAUUUGGUGAAUAUAGAAAACAAUGGUCUUUAAUUAUUAAAGGUUCAUUAUACAGAUUAUUGGUUAUUGCUUUUCCUCAAAUUGGUAUAAUGUGUAUUUGGCAAUUAUAUACUAGAGAUUCAGCUGGAGCUGUUGUUGUGGCAGUUUUCUUAUUAAUUUUUGCCCUUGUAGUAUUAUUUCAAGCAGCUGCAAGAGUUGUUAUUUUUGGUAGAAGAUCAGUACAAAAUUUCCAUAAUCCAGCUUAUCUUUUAUUUGGAGAUUCUAAAUUUUUAAAUAAAUUUGGUUUCCUUUAUGUUCAAUUUAGAGCUGAUCGUUAUUAUUUCAUUAUUUUAAGUUUGAUUUAUAUCUUAUUAAAAUCAUUAUUUGUGGCUGUUUUACAAACUCAUGGUACAAUUCAAUCAGUCAUUGUUUUUGUUAUUGAAUUAAUUUAUUGUAUUAUUGUUUGUGUUAUUAGACCAUUUAUGGAUAAAAGAACAAAUGUAUUUAAUAUUGCUGUUUCAGUCAUUAAUACUAUUAAUGCUUUAUUCUUUAUGUUCUUUUCUUAUAUCUUUAAACAACCUCAUAUUGUUGGAUCUGUUAUGGGAGUUGUAUAUUUUGUUUUAAAUGCUGUAUUUGCAUUAUUCUUAUUAAUCUUUACCAUUGUUACAUGUAUAUUGGCCUUAGUUUAUAAGAAUCCAGAUACAAGAUAUAAACCAAUGAAAGAUGAUAGAGUUUCAUUUUUACCAAGAUCAGAAAAUAAAGCUGGUGAAGGUACUGGUAAUGAUGAAGAUUUAGAAUUAAUGGCUCUUGGUGCUACAGCAAUGAAAGGUCAUGAACAAGGUGGUGUAUUAGAUGAUCAUAUUGCUGGUAAACCUUAUGAAGAAGAAUCAACUUAUGAUGAUGAAGAAGAUAGAUAUAGAAGACCAAAUAUUUUUGGUGAUGAUUCUCAAUCAAAUACUACCAAUUCAAAAUCAAAUUCAAACUUUAAUUUUGCCGGAUCAAAUGGUAAUUCUCAUAAUAAUAAUGAAUCUGAUUCUGCUAGAAAUUCAUAUUAUUUUGAUAAUGCCGAACCAACUCAACCAAAUUCAACUAUAGCUGGUGGUAGCUCUUUACCCACCGGAUUUAACGCGGCUUAUAAUCCAAGACAUUAUACUCCAUCUAAUCCUUAUGGAGGUUCAACUUCCUACAGUAACACUCAAAGUUAUGAAGGUCAUAAUGAUAGUCGUGUAAAUUUCAUAUGAUUUGGAUUAAACCAUAAUGGUUUUAAAUAAAAAAUUCAGUUCAUUAUUUCUGCUUUUUAUUCAAUAUGUUUUAUUAUACUUAUUUUUAUUACUGAUUUUACAAAUUCUUUAUUAUUAUUAUUAUUAUUAUUAUUAUU